AUGGCGGAGGGAGCCGCCCCGUCACCGCUGCCGCCGGCGCCUCUCACACUCCCUGAAGAAGACGUAAUUGUGGCUGAACACUUGCAGGAGCUAGAGUGCGCUGCGUCAAGCUCCUCGUCGCAGAUUUCAAUGUUUGAUAGCACUUUCCUACACCACAGAACAAGCCUGGCACCAAGGUCAGGACUCUGGCAUGUAGAAAAAUUCUUUGGAACUCAUCAUAGAGGGGAGUUUUGGCAAGAUGAUCUGUUUGCCAUGUGCCAGAGAGUUGAGAGAAUGACUAAGGCUGAGGACUGGAGCCUCCCUAUUUUGGCGUCACACCUGCGUACACUGCUCUGGAAGUGGUUGGCAUGGGAACCAGCACAGCACUGCAUUGCUAAUAAAUUGAAAACAACUCUCGGCAAACCUCUAGACACAUUCACUAGUAUUGAAGGAGUCAUUAAAAGUCGAGCAAAAGAGGUUAAAGAAUGUGGUCAAGAUUUAGAAAAAGGCCAGUUGUCUGUGAAGAACGAGGACGAUAAAUCUGCCACCAAAAACAUGAAUGGAAUGGAAAAGGCUGAUGGAGAGAGUAAUAAUGUGAAAAUUCAAUCUCUUGCUGUAAUGUUACUAGUAGAAUUUGUAGAGAGUCUUGAAAAAGCCAUGUUUAAUGCAAGUGAUGGAUGUGCUGUGGCAGUUCCUCCCCCAAACAAGAGUGUUAGAACUUUCUUUCGUACAAAUCGUCAAACAUGUACUGAAUGGUUGAGUCGCAUACGAGCAGCAGUUAUAAUUGUUUCACUCAACUGUGGACGACCUGAGGUAGCAAUCCGACACUCAUACAAGCUUCUUCAGGAACUGAAAGAUAACAACAAUACCCAGGGUAAUGACUUUGAACGUGCAGUCUGCUACUGUGCUCGAGCACUGUGGAUGGAUUGGAGCCCUAAACUAGCUCCCUUAGCAGAAUACUAA